CGCGGCGGCGAUCGUGACGUGAGGAUGGAUGAAUCAGUCGCGUCGCGCGGCGGCGAGAUCACCAGUGACUCGGAGAACGCCGCGCGCGUUGCCACUCACGCGGGACGGUCUGCAUUGUGACUUGACUUGGAACUUGGUCACAAGUCGAGACAAAGAAAACACCUGUUUUCGAUCACGGUGAUUUCAACUGGUGUCCUCUACAAUUCGCCAACAUGAACGGAAGGAGGAAGGAAGAAAACGAUGAAAUAUUGUAUCUGGAUGAGAUUCGCGACGAGGUGUCAAGGCCGUUGACUUCCAUCGAGUCGGAAUCAGUACCUCCGUUCAUCGAUCUGCGCGCUGGUUUUGUCCCUGAAAACAACGGUGAUCUCGCGAACAAUUCGCGAAGACCAUCCUUUGUCGAGACGGAGGUCGAACAGGACGGGAAGUUGGACGGAAAACCGCAUAUGCCAAUCGGUUUUGAUAGCAGAAUCGGACCGGAAGUUCUUGCGGAACCGCAACCCAGUUGGCCCAGUGAUGUUCUUCCGUCGCCGACCGUGCAAGUCGUCACUCCGGACGUGAAUAUUUAUCAGCACAAAAAGACCCUCGCCCAGGGUAUGAUGGAUCUGGCGUUGCUGUCCGCGAACGCGAAUCAAAUGCGCUACGUUCUCCAGACGGACGGUCGGCAUCCGUACUUUUUUCCAUCGCUCACCAUGAUCGGCUUGAGUUUGUUUCUUCAGAUCGCUGUAGGCAUUGGUUUGAUAUGGAACAGCGUCUACAAUGUCAAGGAACACGAGCAGAUGUGCAAGGCCAAUAAGGCUAACAAUUGGACGGUCAUCGGCAUCUUCCUCGUCACGAUACUAAACGUCUUCAUCUCGUCGUUCGGCGUCGUUGAUCAAGGGACUGUCGUCACAACAUAGCCAUUCCCCUUUUUCCUCUUUGCUUUCACGAUACACGCUCUCUCAACGAUACGCAGUAAUCACUAUACGCAAAGUGAACGACCAGAUAAAAUAUUUCCGUUGUUUUUAACGCGAUAUCGGCAAGUUUAAUUCCUGAUUACAUACAUUCGUAACUCGAGUUUCUGUAUUGUUAGUAUUAUUAUUUCGAUGCGUAUCAACAAGUAAGUAUCAAAAAUAAUAAUAAUAAUUUAUUCGAUGUCUCGAAAAAGAUUUUAAAACUUUCAGGAUUUCUUACUAUAUUGAUUAGGUAGAGUCGCGUGAAUAUAUGUUUUUCUCAAAUAUCUCCUUAAAUAUUUAUUCAUCAUCAAAACAAGAUAUUUUAACAAGAUAUUUUCUGACGUUAAGUGGCUCCUCUGCACGUUGAAUGCCUACAUCAUUGUAAACUGCAUUCAUUCAUUCACUUAUUUAUAUAAAAUUCAUUGAACACACAAAUGAUAUAUUGUAACAUAUCAUUUCAUAAAU